AUGAUUCAAUAUGCUAAAGUCAAGGAACAGGGUAAGUUUCCACUGUCCGUGACAAACACGUUUAAUGUUACCGUCCUUGGUUUGAAUACUGAUUUGCUGCCGAUGAAAGAGUUUAUAGAAAGUUUUCCGAAGGAUUCCAUGAUUACGUUGUCUGGCCAGGAGGGUUCCAAUUCACAGCUUUCAGCACAGAACUCUGAAAAUCAACAGAUGACUCCUGUACAGAAAUUGCUUUCAAAGGCUGUUGUAAUGCCUAUUGGGGAUAUUAUUAAACUCAGAACUAUUACAUUUUGUGCGACUGUUGGAGAAACUAAAAUGCUGGUUGCCUCUCCGUAUGGCUGGUAUUAUCGUGGUUGUCAUGCUUGCUCAUGUAUUGCGCGUGGUGACAGAGCUCCGUUUGAGUGUGAGGCUGGACAUUUCACUGAGGCAGAGAUUUUUAGGUAUAAGAUUGAGAUUGAGGUUACUCAUGCCGGGAAUAGCUGUAACUUUCUAUUUUGGGACCGAGAGUUGAGUUACUUUUGGGAUUGUCUGCUUCUCAGCUGCGUCAUACAAUGAUUAAGGCUGGCAUUCAUGAUCCCUUGGAAUUCCCACUGGCAUUGGAUCAGAUGUUGGAUUGCAAGAUGGCUUUCAAAGUUAAGUGGCAACCACGUUGGAAGAAUGCCUCUGUCGUUAUGCUAUUGAAGAAUGACCCUUUUGUGAAAGAGCUUGCUGAUCAGUUUGACACAGAUGAAAUGAAACAACCUGCUGUCGAAGCAAUGACCAC